AUGGGACCAGUGGUCAGAGAUGUUGAGGAUGACCAAGAGGGUGAAAACUUCAUUCCCUUCAUUCUCAAUCCUCUCCCUCUCUCUCUCCCGUUCCCCCCUCUGUCUCUGCAGUGGUAUAAUCGCACGGACUACCCCAUCUUCCAGCAGUAUGUGCAGUACCGCCUCCAGCACCCUGCCCAGCCCUUCUACAUCCUGCACCCUCGCUUUGAGUGGCAGCUGUGGGAGCAAAUCCAGGACAACAUGGAAGAGUCCAUCCAGAGGAACCCGCCCUCCUCUGGAAUGCUUGGUACAGUCCUGAUGAUGUCACUGUGUGACACGGUGCACGUUUACGAGUACCUGCCCUCCAAGCGCAAGACGGACCUGUGCCACUACUACCAGCGUUUCCACGACGACGCCUGCACGCUGGGCGCCUACCACCCUCUGCUGUACGAGAAGAACCUGGUGAAGAGGAUGAACCAGGGCAGCGAUCGCGACAUCUACACCCUGGGGAGAGUCACCCUGCCCGGGUUCAGGAGCCUCAACUGCACCCUGGGGAGGGACUAGAGCCAUCUACCCCAGCACAGAGUCACCCAGCGGGGCUUGAACACUUCAUACUGCCCCCAGGGGAGACUAGAGCCAUCUACCCCAGCACAGAGUCACCCAGCCGGGCUUGAACACUUCAUACUGCCCCCGGGGGAGACUAGAGCCAUCUACCCCAGCACAGAGUCACCCAGCCGGGCUUGAACACUUCAUACUGCCCCCGGGGGAGACUAGAGCCAUCUACCCCAGCACAGAGUCACCCAGCCGGGCUUGAACACUUCAUACUGCCCCCGGGGGAGACUAGAGCCAUCUACCCCAGCACAGAGUCACCCAGCAGGGCUUAAACACUUCAUACUGCCCCCGGGGGAGACUAGAGCCAUCUACCCCAGCACAGAGUCACCCAGCAGGGCUUAAACAUCAUACUGCACCCGGGGG